UCUGGAGCGCCUCCACGUCACCCGUAGGGACGACCGUAAUGCGUCCAUGAACCCCAACACGCCACGGUAGGUUCCCCCUCCACCCCCGUCGACCUCGAGGACCCCUCCUCACUCUCUCCGCAGGCAGAGCGGAGCAGCGAGCCCGAAGCCAUGGAUAGAUACCAAAGGGUGGAGAAGCCUCGGAAUGAGACACCGAUUCGCGAGAAUGAGAUCAGAAUCACUGCGCUCGGGAGGAUGAGGAACUAUAUCGGCUAUGGGAUGUCGUUGCUUGAGGAAAAUGGGCAUGAUGAGAUCACUAUCAAAGCCAUGGGACGAGCCAUAAAUAAGACGGUCAUGGUUGCUGAAUUGAUCAAGAGAAGGGUUGCUGGUCUCCAUCAGAAUACGUCUAUUGAAUCUGUUGGCAUCACCGACACAUGGGAGCCUCUGGAAGAAGGCCUUGUCCCGCUAGAGACAACUCGUCAGGUAUCAAUGAUUACCCUAACAUUGUCCAAGGAACCAUUGGAUACGUCAUCUCCAGGGUACCAGCCACCCAUACCAGCUGAAGAGGUGAAACCUGCUUUUGAUUAUGAACAUGAAGGAUCCUUUCCCUCUGCUCGUGGGAGAGGUCGUGGUGGACCUGGUGGCGGCCGAAGGGGCAGGGGCAGAGCUAUUAGCAAUGGACCCCCUCCUUAUGACUGGGGUGAAGAAUGGGAGGAGGAUGGAGACUAUUACUACAAUGGUAGAGGCAGAGGGAGAGGCCGGCUAAGAGGAAGGGGAAGAGCCCGUGGCUACCACGGAGGUGGUCGACGUGGUGGCUAUGGCUAUGAUUACGGUUAUGGUGGCAGGGGUGGCUACUAUGAAGAGCGGGGUGGAUACUUUGAUGGCGAAGCAGAUGAGUAUCAACCCCCUCCAGGCCGUGGGCGUGGCAGGGGAAGAAGAAUGGAGCAGAGUGAGUACUACAAUGGCGAACCAGAUGAGUAUCGCCCUCCUCCAGGCCGUGGGCGUGGCAGGGGAAGAUGGAUGGAGCAGAAUGAAUACUUCGACGAACCUUAUGAAUACCCUCCUCCAGGCCGUGGUCGUGGCAUGGGAAGAAGGGGAGGGCCAUGGCGCGCCCGAGGCCGCGGGCGUGGCCCGAUGCUAGAUUGAACUGGGACAUGCCAAGUGCAGCAAACCAUGAAGCUAGCACUGCUGUGCUUAAUUACCCGAUGGUUUUUGCUUACCCUGUUGCUCCAUGUGGGGCUCUCUGACGUGAAUCUUUAUGCGGUCUGAUGCUGUACGACUUGCCGCCGGGCAAAUUUUGUGUGGCUUACCUGUGGUUUGUUUAGCUAGGCCAGCCAGCAAAGUACCUCAACACCUAGUAGAACGUGUGAAAUAUGUUUCGGCCUCCCGUUUAGUUA